UAAGUUAGUUCUUCUCACCAAGACUGUCGUUUGUUUAUUUUCUCUUUUCGUUAAAAAGUUUACUUUAACUGACGCGUUAUUAACAAUUCCGUGAGCGACCACUUCAGACUCCACGUCUUUUGUUAAUAAAAUUAUAUCACUAAGCUUUACAAUUGCAAUUCGUAUUAAGUAAUGUUAUUAAAAUUUGUAUUGAAUAUUAUAAUGAAGUGUUCAGAUAAUAAUAAAAUAUCAUCUCUUGUUGAUAAUCAGAAAAGAAAACCAUAUAUACAGGUUUUUGAGUUCAGUUCAUUGUAACCAGCACACAAGUAAGGUAAUUAGUUUAGCGAUAAUUUUUAAGUGAUGUUUAAUGAAAAAAAUUGAAUAAUCGUGUUCAGCGGGAACUAUUUUUUAAGUAUUAAUAAAAAAUAACAAUUGUAAAACUGUUAAGUAUUCAUGUACCUUAGUAGAACAGUAAGUUGUCCAUUAGCCGAUGUUACCAGCUUUCAAUCUUGUUAUGCGAAUUAUCAAUUGACUAUGAAUAAAAGAAAAUCUAUGUUGACCUUUCUCGAGUUAUUUUUGAGUUUAUAUUGUUGAAAUUUUGUUAAAGUAAAGGCAUUUCGUUUUUUAUACUUUUUUUUUAUUUUUAUUUUUCUUUUUCAUCUUUUCACCCCUUACGUAGGAACUAACGCGAGCGAGACAGAGCGAGAUCGCAGCUAUCAGUGACGUAACAAACACAUUGAAAGAACGAGACAAGCUUAAAACUAAGCUGGAAGAAAGUAGAAUGAGAAUUAUAGAUUUAGAAAUAGAACUUAAUGAAUCUUCGCUUAUACUUUCCGAAAUACUUAAAAUAUCAGACAGCCAAGAGCUUAAUAGCAUAAAGAAAAGCAAAAGUUUUUUCGAACUACAAAAAAGCGGUAAGGUAGUGGAUAGGCUAGACAAGUGCAAAUUGAGCAGGAGCUACAACGACCUGAUAAAUAUUAAUAGAGACGAUAACAUACAUACAAAUAUACACAAGCUAACGAGAAAGAUAGCAAACCUAACGAAGGAAAUCGAAAUUAAAAAUGCUAAAAUAAUAGAACAGCAACGAUGUAUAUCGAUUUUAGAGGACGCUCUGAGAGAAAAUAAUAACAUAACUGAAUUUGAACAAUUACUAGCAGUAGUAAGGAGUAAAGACGAGAGAAUAACUGAGCUGGAACAAAUAUUAAACAAAAAACCUGGUGCGAUGUGCACCGUGUAUAACGACAAAAGGAUAUUAGAAUUAGAAGACGCUCUUAAAGAAUCUUUCAUGAUAGCAGCUGAAAGAGAAAAGGUUUUCUUUGAAGAAGAACAGAUGCGGAUUGAAACAUUGCAGAAGAUGAAGAAGAUGGAGCAACGCGUUCUAUCAUUACAGAAUGCUUCGAUAAUGAACUGCGAGACGUGUUCGACGGUGCUGAGGCGACUGAAGCGGCUGGAAGAAACGUAUCAACGUUGCCGAAUGAAGAGGCAAGGAAUAUUGCGGCAUUUAUCGUAUGUUAUACAAGACUUAUUGGAAGGAGCGAUCACCGAAAAGGACUCUCAGAUAGCCGAGCUUGAAGUAAAAGGUGUUCUAAAUGAAGACGAGACAAAGGCAUGCGAUGUACUUAAGGAUGAAAAAGGAAAGCUGCUCAAUAGACUUAAGAUCGAGAAUGAACGAAUAGUGGAGUUCGAAAGAGAUUCGAGCGAGCCAGAACAAGACGAAGGUACUAUACCAGUCCUGACGCUCGCUGACAACCUCAUAGCCGCCUGCGAAGAUAAUGUAAUUGUUUGGGGAGAGGACAUACCAGCAACUAUACUGUGACGUCAGAAAGCUAAGUCUUAUCGUAAAUAUGUUGUGGCCUAGCAUCCAUCGCACCUCACCAUCACGCUACCUUACCAUCAUUGCUUAUCACUCCAGCCUUACCGCCCAAAAAUUAAAAAAAAAAAAAACCCGCUUGCCAUUUCUGAACGUGUUCAAAAAUCGCGCCCUACGACCAAAGAGGUUUUGUAAAUAAAGAUUUAAUUUCUUUAAUUUUAAUUUUUUUUUAUUUAUGAUUUCAAGGUCUCCAAUUCGACGUAAGUGUAUAUUUUUUUAAAACAGUUUCGAUUGAUAUGGAACCAAAUUAUUCAUAUACCUAUUUUAUUAUCUAUAGUUAACCAAUUGUUAAAGAAAAGUGUAUACCUAUAGAGCAAUAAUUUAAACUUCUAGAAGAAAUUCACACUCAGUGUCUAUUUUUAUCUUAAUACUAGUCAAAUUUAUCAACGUUUUACUGCUAUAUAUGAUUUAACCUACAUUGUUAAUGAAUUAUUGCUUUAAUAUAUAUAAAUAUAUAUGUUAUUGUUUCAUUGGGUAGUAUGGUAAAACCUAUGCUCAUUUCCUUCCAAGAUUAUUACAUAAUUGUUACCUAAUUCUGAACUUUUAAUAUAUUUAGACGCAAACCUAAUGUUAAACACGAUUGAUUCCGCUACAGAGCUUAGCUAAAUUAUAUAAAUGUCACGUUUUUGUUCAAUAUCAAUUUAUUAAAUUGCAAAUAAAUUACUUAGUACGUUUGAAUAGAUUUUUGUAAUACUUUUACAUAUCAAGCACAAAGUAUAAUGAAGCCUCCGAAUCAAACAGAUGGCAUAUCAUUAAUUUACAAUUAGCUUCAAAUAGGAAACGCUAUUGGUGUUAAAGAACGCCCGUACAUUGUCAACAUAAGCACUGCCUUACAUUCUAAGGAAAUUGACAUUUUCAUUAUAAUAUAAACUGAGCGAACGUUUGCACGAACCGAUGAGACGUCCGCUCUCGUUGACUGGUCGCGUCGAAGUGAUGUUAUUUGCGGUACAUCAAAGCCAAUCUCCGUUUCGGCAGUUAAAAUUUAAAACUACAGUAUUUUAUAAAUGUAUCGUGAGCUUUUUAUAAAUGUAUUUACAACUGUGUCACACUGUUACUGUAUUACAUUUGUGACGCAAUAUCGGCAUAUUUGAAAAUCCAAUUUGUGAACAAUUUCAAUACCGUUGAAUCAUUUAGCCUAGUCAGUUUUAACUCCUAAUGAUGUGUAAUUAAAUUUUUAUUGCUGUUUUAGGCAAAGCUUUAAUGCCACGAUCUUUCAUGAAUUGGAUUUUAUUAGCCGAUUCGUAAUAAAACAUCGAGUGAUCUCAAUUUUCGCUGUUUUACUAUUUGUAAGGACUAUGGCCACUUUCAAAGAAAAUCCUCAUUAUCGUAAUUUUGAUUUAAUUAUUAAAAAUUUUUAUAUUUAUUUAUUUUUUUAAUUUCACAUUAAUUACGUCCGGUUAUCAGUUUUUGGGUCCAAAAUGGCCAUUGUCCUUUAGCGGUUAAGCUGUCAAUUUAACUUCGACAUUUUGCGAUUGUGUUGUGAGUGGAUUGUGAAAAUAAAUGAUUUUUGGAGUUGGCAAACUGGCUUUUUAUACUCGAUACAUGUCGCUGAACGUAGUAUGUAUUUAUGGUAGGUUGGGCAUAGACAAGCUGCAAUGUUCCGUUGAUAUUCGAAAUUCAAAUUUGUUAAAAGUUCGAUAUUUAAAUUUAUUUAUUUAUUCGUUUUGAUCGCGGACAGAACUUUGCAGCUUCAUUUUUGUAUCGAAUCAAAGUGUGUAGAGAUUGUACGAUCACAAUAAUUAUGGUAUUAUAUAAUAUUAGUUACUUGUUACAUAUUAUUAUAAUGGUAUUAAGCCGUGGGUUGCUGUUUCCCACGUUGUAUUGACGAAACUAUGCUA